AAACAGCGGAAAACCACUUCAACACGAUGGAUAAAAAUCCUAAUUGAUUGAUUGAUACAUAAUCUCCAUUGGAAUUUAAACCAAGAAAAUACAACCAGUUUGCGGAAUUUUAAAACACUUGCAAGGAUUAGCAAGUUAUGCUUGGAUUACGUUGAUUUGGGAUUACAUACAUUUGCAAUGAUUAAGAUAACAUUUAUUGUAAUGUCUAUGUUAUAUCUUAUACAAGUGGUCUGCGCGGAUGACUACGAGAUGAGGCUCAUCCAGGACCUACUCCACAACUACGAUGACAGAGUGAGGCCCUCUAGGAACUCCUCCGAAUCUCUCAAUGUCACAUUUGGGGUAGCCCUUGCCCAAAUAAUAGAUAUGGAUGAAAAGAAUCAGAUCAUCACAACUAACUGUUGGUUGAAUCAGUUCUGGGUGGACUGGAAGUUAGCAUGGAACCCUGACAAGUAUGGGGGCAUAAAAGUCAUACGUAUUCCAUACGAUGAGAUCUGGAGACCAGAUAUCCUACUUUAUAACAAUGCUGAUGUCUCCUCAUACAGAGCGUCCAUCAGUACCAACGUGAUGGUCGACAAUCAUGGCAAUGUCACCUGGCUUAGUAUGGUUAUCUUUAAGAGCUCAUGUGCAGUUGAUGUGCGCUAUUUCCCAUUUGACGAACAAAAGUGUAAGCUUGUAUUUGCAUCUUGGACAUAUGAUGGCUAUCAAGUGAAUCUACUCAAAGUUGGUGAAAAGGGGGAUAUAUCUAAUUACAUUCCAAACAGUGAAUGGCAGUUAUUGAAUUUACACGCUGUACGGAAUUUAGUUUACUAUUCGUGCUGUCCAGAACCUUACCCCGAUGUCACCUACACUAUUGAGAUUCGUCGCAAGCCACUUUUCUACGUAUUCAACAUGAUAAUGCCAUGUAUAUUAAUCACAUUUGUGGCACUUUUGGGAUUUUAUGUGCCGUCUGAUUCGGGUGAGAAAGUAACAAUGGGAAUUACUACACUGCUAUCAAUGACUGUCUUCCUAAUGCUAGUAGCAGAGAGUAUGCCACCAACAUCAACGGUUCUUCCACUAAUAGGAUUGUACUACGGGAUAACUAUAGCAAUUGUGUCAUUUGCAACUGCAAUGACUGUUCUUACAUUGAACAUACAUCACAAAGGGUUGAGGGGGAAGGAGGUGCCUCCAAUGAUGAAAAAGAUAUUUUUUGGUAUCAUUGCCAAAGUUUUGUGUAUCAAACUAGAGCCUAUGCCAGACCUAACACUGCCAGUAGACACUGUGCAACAUUUCACUGGUGGUCCCACUGCUGAUCGAAGAAGUAAUUACAUACGACUCCAGCAAACCCAAUAUAGAGACAGAAUGGAUGCUGAAAAUUCCCGGGGGCGUACUUCCUUAUUAGACUUCACACCGAGUGGGGCUGUAAAUAACCACUGCAACAACUCAGAUAGUAAAUAUGACAAUGAAAAACAUAUUCCCGAAAAUGGAGGACUAUCAUCUCCCCGGUUUACACACAGAAUUAGAAGUCCCGCUGCCCCGGGAAGUCCUGGUGGGAAAGACAACUUCGAAAGACAGUUUCUACGUGUAUUACAGAAAGUUAACCAAACAAUUGAGAAAAAUGAGAUCCGAUUGUCUGAUCAGGACCGCCGUGACGCAAUAAAACUUGAAUGGCAACAGCUAGCUUUAGUGACUGAUAGGGUCCUGCUCUAUAUCUUUGUUAUCGUCACUUUAUCAGUUACAAUGGGAAUUAUGUUUGAUCCACCGAAUGCAAGGGCUUUCUUUACCCCGUAUGUCAAUCAUGAUAAUAAUAAUGAUGAUGUAUGAAACUCUGGCCACUUCCAGCUAAGAAUCUGCAGUAUAAAAUGGAAUUUCAAAGCUGCAGUUAAAAUGGAAUUUCAAAUCUGCAGUUUAAAAAUGAAAUUCUCUCUGCAGCUAAAAUGGAAUUUCAAAUCUACAGUUCAAAUGGAAUUCCAACUCUACAGUUAAUAAAAAGGAAUUUCAAAUCUGCAGUUAAAACGGAAUUUUAAAUCUGCAAUUUAAAAUGGAGUUCUAUCUUGGCAGUUUCAAAUGAAAUUCCAACUCUGCAGUUUAACAGUCAUCGGAUUCUUAACCUCUUUGUGCAAAAAUGAUCAACUGGUCCAUAUAGAAAAAAUUGACAGGGCAAUGUCCGACAGACCAGUGCUCAAUAUACCACACUCUAGACCAGAUAUUAUGGCACACCGGGCCAUGAAACUGAAUGUGAUCUGGAGAGUACUGCAGACUGAAGUAACUUUU